CUACCAUUGCAACACGUUUGUUUAAACAACUACAUUAUAGCCAGGCGGGCGAUGGCGUUUUUGAGUGUAAUAAGUACAAAACCAAUAAAGCGCUGCAACACUUAAAACAAUCAUUCCGUUUUCUCCAAAUGCCAGUGUUGACCUACCCUGCCCCACACCGACUUCUCUUGAGCACCCCCAGGGGACUCGUCCCACUGCUUGCGAAACGCUGGUAUAAAGCCAGUGGCUGGACUGGAGACAGGUUCCCCUGGAAGGGGGCAGGUAACCAAGCGCAGAGGAGGUUGGUGCAGGGCAAGGAGCAGGCAGGUUGGGGGGGAAGGCAGUAGAGGAGGGCGCACUGGUGAACCCAGAGGUAAUUCCCAGAACAGCCAGCAGGAGGCGCCAUGUUGUAACUCAUAGACUCAUAUAACCCAAGGGUGGGUAGAGACCUCAGGAGGAAUCGAAUCCAGCCCCCUGCCCAAAACAGGAGCAGCCCAACUCAACCAGCCCAGCCAGGGCAUGUUCCCUGCGCACCCUGAUUUCUAGGCCUUUCAUCAGGGGCCGUUUCCUUGACUUGAUCCGGCUCCUCCUGACCGUGAGGAGGGGACCGAGCGUCCUGCCCUUACGCUCCUGAAACCAAACCUGGGGCCCGGCCGCCAUGUCCCUUGUGUGACCCGCGACCCCUUGUCACACUCCUGGAAGCAGGGUUCACUACUUUCCCUCUUCCCAUUCUCUGCAGCUGGAGGGAACAGGCUGGGAUUGUGCCGGGCCGAGGGAUGGGCAGGGCCAGGGAGGGGAGCUGAUAUCUGCAGAUGUUACCUGAUCAAGCAAGAACCUUUGACCAGCUGCUGCCUGGCAUCACCGCGGGUCCCUGGCCCGGCUAUAUAAGUCAGACGGCGCGACAUGCACCAGCCGGCUCCGAGCAGGAGGUGCAAGGGACGGAUUCAGCUUUCCCACUUGGCCCACAUCACCCCCGGCAAACGUCUCCUUCAGAGCCGCUGCCCCUCUGGGAUCGCCCCUCAGCUGGAGGCUAAGCUGCAUCAGAGACUCCAGCGCCGAUCGCCUGCUCCCGGCACCAUGACGGUGUUUCUGGCCACCUGCCUCCUGGCUGCUCUGCUGGGCACUGGGGCCGGCCUGCAGUGCGAGGUGUGCUCUGAACUAGGACAGACCUGCACGGGCAGCCUGCAGACCUGCCCCCCCCGGCAAGACUCCUGCGGCAUCUUCCUCUCCGAAGUCACGCUGGGGGGGAUAAAGUCCCAGACCAUCCUGAAGGGCUGCGUGUUGCCCAGCCAGUGCACAGCCGGCCCCAUCUCUGUGAAUUUUGGGACGGGAAUGACAACGGCGAGCAUCGCCUGCUGCACGGGAGACGCCUGCAAGACAGUCAACGUCACACUGCCCCCACCUGACACCGAACCCAAUGGCCUCCGCUGCCCAGCCUGCUUCUCUGCUUCCCCUGCUCCGUGCAGCGAGGAGACCGUAAGUUGUACCGGAUCCGAGACCCAAUGUCUCGAGGCUGCUGGGACCAUCCACAUGGGUGAAAGCCAAUUACAAGUCAACAUGAAGGGCUGCGCUUCUGUGUCUGCCUGUGCCCAGUUCCAGGUGGGUUCGGAGACCUUCCUGGGAUCCAAUGUGACUCUGACCGCGGCCAAAUGCACAGCGGCCUCCGGUGGAACAGACGUGCCCCUGUCAACUCCGCCCCCCAGCCCAGCCUCCACGACCUCCGGUGGUGCGGGCGUGGCUGUAGGACCGGCCAGGGUCCUCCCAGCCCUCGCUGGCCUCCUCCUGUGGCUUCUGUCCUGAGUCCCCUACUCCGGGCCAAGCACCGUCGCGCUCCGGUGUCCCCCUACGUCCGGCACUAGCUGCCCGCCCUCACACGGGACUUCUGUGCCCGGGGUGGGGUCACUGCUCCUGGAGGCGGCUGCACUGAAUAAAACCAGCCAGA